GCGCCGUGGGCCGGCUGGAAGGGGAGCACAGGUCUCGUGUACGAGGUGGCAAGAGCGGCCAGUCGUGACGGCCGUGUCGGGGCGUGGACAAGCAGAGGACGGCCGCGCUGCAGUCGGCCGCCGGCGUCUAGCGACGAUUUAGAGGCGAGAUGAGUUCGUCCCCGUGGUCCGCGCUGCUGCCGCUGCUGGUGCUGCUGGCAGUGAGCGGCUGCCGGUCGGCGGACAUCUUGUUCGUCGCGCCGACGCCGUCCGUCAGCCACGCGCUGCCCAUCAACGCCGUGAUCCGCGCUCUGCUGGCCAGGGGGCACCGCGUCACACACAUCACGCCGGACCCCAUGCAGCUCCAGGACACAAAGUACAAGGCGAUUGACCUGUCUUCGUCCUACUCGUUCCUGCAGCAGCUAAACAAAACAGUGCUGGCCGACACGUGGCCGAUGAAACUGGCUGAGGCGUACCACGAGCUGGGGGUCUUCUGCUGCACCGAUGAGCUCAAAAACCAAGCUCUACAGGACUGGCUAAAGUCUGAACAUCGCUUCGAUCUCGUAAUCAUCGAGAGGCUUCCGUAUCAGUGCUACUACGGGCUGAUCCACAAGGUGGGGUGCCCUCCGAUGGUUGGCUUCCUGACACUACCGGCUAUGGUGCCGGCCUACUACGCCAUAGGAAACCCCAUAAAUCCAGCCUAUCUGCCAGAUGUCUUUAUUGGGUACACCGACCACAUGAAUUUCUGGCAGAGGCUGUACAACACUUACUUCGUCCUAAGAUUCCUGGUUUUCUGGCAGACCACAGUACUGCCAACUCAAGAAUCAAUUAUGAGGCAACACUUCGGUGCAGAGCCACCUUCAGUCUACGAAGUGGAACGGAACUACAGUUUGCUGCUUUUAGCCGUUCAUUCCAGUGGACAUUACCCGAGACCAAAUGUACCCAACGUUAUUGAAGUGACGGGAUUGCAUGUACAGGAAACAACAAAACCACCGCCUCAGGAUAUCAAGAAAUUUCUGGACGAAGCCAAACAUGGUGUGAUUUACUUCAAUCUGGGCUCUAACGUGAAAAGCAGCUCAAUGCCAGAACACAGGAGACAGGCAUUCAUCGACGCUUUUAGAGAGAUACCGCAGCGAGUGGUGUGGAAGUGGGAAGAAGAAACCAUUCCCGAUAUACCAGAUAACGUGCUAGUGAGAAAGUGGCUUCCUCAACAGGAGAUUUUAGCUCACCCUAAUGUGAAACUGUUCAUCAUGCAAGGAGGCCUGCAGAGUCUGAACGAAGCGGCAUACAGAGCCACACCUCUGAUAGCCAUACCGUUCUUCUCUGACCAGACUCACAACUGUGCGAAGAUAAAUUCAGCAGGAAUUGGUAUUAGAAUUUAUUUGAAGGAUGUCACAAAGGAGACUGUUCUCGAUGCCAUCCACAAAACUAUCGAAGAUUCAAGCUACAAGAAAAAUAUGGAGGAGUACUCUAAACUGUUCAAAGAACACCGGUCGACUUCCCUAGACACAGCUGUGUGGUGGCUGGAGUACGUCAUCCGCCACAAGGGAGCGCCGCACCUGCGCAGUGCGGCCCUGGACCUCCACUGGUGGCAACUUCUGCUUUUGGACGUCAUCGCCUUCGUACUUGCUGUACUGAUUGCAGCUGUGGCGGUCAUAUACUUUGCAGCAAAAUGUUUAGUGGUCAUGGUCAAAGGAAAAAAGGAGAAGGUCAAGAGACAAUGAGACUGCGUUUGAGUCUCAAACUGAAAUACUGCAACUUGUUGUUGUUCACCGCGAAUAACGCGUGUACCUGAUGAUUCUGAGCUCUAAGACUGAUUCAUUGCCUUGGUCUGCCACCAGAACAUGUUACAGCGAGAAAAAAUAGAAAAUUGCGCAAUGGACGUAACACGUU